CCUUUUUGGUAUCCUUGGAAAGUGACACCUCUAGUCGUCUUCUUUUUUCUUUCUUUUCUAUGACAUGUUCUAGUCUUCUAUCUUGACUUACUUACUUGUUGGUUGUUUUAUUCAAGUGCUCUGAUUAAAUCCCUUCCAAACUGUGUUCUUCAACUUCUAGGUAUCCUACUAUUCUUUGAGCUCCAAAGUUGGAAUCUUUAAGUUCUGGGUAUGUCUCAAUUCUUGCUUUUUUCAAUUUUUUCUAGCAUAUAUUGAAUUGGGUUUAUUAGUUUUUCUGGGAAUUUCAAGUUUUUAUCUAAAAGUUUAGAUUUUGGGAGUUUGUUAUAGUUCAAAGGUUUAAUUACCCUUUUGAUUGCUUUCAAUUCUGGGAAAUUAUUGGCUAAAUUGGUGUAAUUCAGUCUCAAAACAUAUGGGUAUGUGACACAAUUGAUGUUAAUUAUGGGGCAGUAAAUUAUAUAGUCCAUAUAAUUUUUGCUCACAUAAGUUCAUAUUUUUGUUUUUUUGCUCAUAAUUCUGUAUCUGGGUUUUGGAGUUUUGGAGUAUAUUUGAAGUGUAAAUGGCUCACAACAGAAAGACUAUUGCUUCUGUAGUGUUUGGAUUGAGGUUUUUGCUGAUAUUUCUGAGUAGUUAUGGAAUUUAUGGGACUGUAACUGAUGUUUCAUGUUUGAGGAAGAUUUAUAGGUCACUUAAAGAUCCUAAUGGUUAUUUGAAUGUAACUUGGAAUUUUAAUAAUGGAACUGAGGGUGCAAUUUGUAAAUUCAUUGGCAUUGAGUGCUGGCACCCAGAUGAGAAUAGAGUGCUGAAUAUUAAGCUAGCAGAUAUGGGUUUAGAGGGCCAAUUUCCUGUUGGAAUUGAGGAUUGUACAAGUUUAACUGGAUUGGAUCUUUCUAAUAAUAAGUUGAAUGGUUCAUUGCCUUCGAAUAUGUCGCGUUUCAUUCCGUUUGUGACUGAACUCGAUCUAUCUAACAACGAUUUCUCGGGUGUGAUACCGGAGACUCUUGCGAAUUGUAGUUACUUGAACGGUGUUAACUUUGAUCAAAACCGUUUUUCUGGUCAAAUUCCUCUAGAAAUUGGCAACCUUGCUCGGAUUAAGAGCUUUAGUGUCGCCAACAACAAUCUGUCAGGACAAGUGCCACAGUUUCGAAAUAUUCAAAUACGAAGGGAAAGCUAUGCCAAUAAUCUGGGACUUUGUGGGGCUCCUUUGGCUGCUUGCGCUGCUAAAAGCAAGUCCCAUCUUGCUUAUGUUGCCGGUGGAGCAGCUGGAGGUUUAACUCUUAUAUUUAUAUUGACGGCCAUUGCAAUAUUUUACAUUUCAAAGAUGAAAACUAUCAGAAAAAAGCAGGAUGAUCCUGAAGGUAACAGAUGGGCAAAGAUUAUGAAGGGAACCAAAGGUGUUAAGGUUUCAAUGUUUGAGAAGUCAGUUUCAAAAAUGAGUUUGGAUGACCUCAUGAAAGCCACCAAUAGCUUCAGUAAUAACAACCUUAUUGGUUCCGGAAGAAUGGGAGCAAUGUACAAAGCAACAAUGCCUGACGGUGCACUCUUUACUGUCAAGAGAUUGCAAGAUUCGCAGCGAACAGAGAAAGAAUUCUUAUCCGAGAUGAACACUUUGGGCAGUGUAAAGCACCAAAACUUGGUCCCUCUCUUGGGUUACUGCAUGGCGAAGAAAGAAAGGUUCCUGGUCUACAAAUAUAUGGCAAAUGGAAACCUCUAUGAUAGGAUUCAUCCGUCAGACCCUGAGGCUGGGACCUUAGAGUGGCCUCUUAGGCUUAAAAUUGCAAUUGGAGCAGCUAAGGGAUUAGCUUGGAUGCAUCAUAAUUGCAAUCCUAGAAUCCUUCAUAGAAACAUAAGCUCCAAAUGCAUUUUGUUAGAUGAGGAUUUUGAGCCCAAGCUAUCCGACUUCGGUCUUGCGAGGCUCAUGAACCCAAUUGACACCCACUUGAGUACUUUUGUCAACGGUGAAUUUGGUGACCUCGGUUAUGUAGCCCCAGAAUAUGCAAGAACACUCGUCGCAACUCCCAAGGGAGAUAUCUAUAGUUUUGGAACCGUUCUUUUGGAGCUGAUCACGGGUGAAAGACCAACCCGUGUGUCAAACGCCCCGGAGACCUUCAAGGGUAGUUUGGUAGAGUGGAUUUGUCUACUGUCAGAUAAGAAUGAUCUUCGUUCUGCCAUUGACAAGUCUCUACUUGAUCAGGGAGUUGAUAAUGAACUUACUCAGUUCCUCAAGGUUGCUUGUAAUUGUGUUUCACCUAUGCCUAAAGAGAGGCCAACAAUGUUUGAAGUGUACCAAUUGUUAAGAGCCAUUGGUGAAAAUUAUCAUUUCACGGCGGCCGAAAAUGAAAUUAUGGUUUUAACAGAAAACUCAGAUGCUGGUUUUCCUGCUGAUCUCAUAGUUGCUCGUGAAUGAAAGAUUUGCAAAAGAGGUGAAGUUUUUAAUGAGAUAUAGACUUAUAGAUCUUCUAUAGCAGGUGUUAUAUGUGGUUUAGCCUUAUAGUCGAAAUUGAUAUAAAAGAUUUAUGUAUUACUAUAUGUAAUGCCAUUUAUCUAUAUGACUAUAUCCUUGUGAAAUUGUAAGAUGUAAAAAUAGUCUGUGUUGUUAAUAUAUGUUAAUCUCGUCAACCAUUUUCAGAUUAAUGGAGUCAGGUUGUAGGAUUAUUCUACUAGAAAUAUUUCUUACAAGAAUCUUGAGCGAAACUGGCUUGUAAUAGUUUAAAAUAUUCAAUUGUUGCA